CACUGUCGCCCACAGCAGAUUUUCCAAUAUGAAGCAGCAGAGCAGUGCUCUUAUCUGUAGCUAAAUUUAAUUAGUUUGUUUAUCAUUAGCUAAAUAAAGCCAAGCGGUGGGGCAGGGGGAGACUCUCGGAGCAUCGGAUGACACAGCUCGUUGGCCAGCGGGAGCAGGCAGUGAGAGCGAGUGGCCGUUGCCAGCUGGGCAUCAUUAGCCACGGGCAAUAACAACAAGGCGUAACGAGGUCGCAGCAGGACCAAAAGGGAGGCGCAGGAGCAGGAGACGACGACGACGACGCAAACGACAACGCGACGCCGCCACCGCCAUGCGCUUUAACAAGUCGGAACUGAACUCCCUGGCCAGCAAUCCAGCGACGCGAUUCGACAAGGAGGGUCCGCUCAUCAUCAUUGACCGGCAGGAGGGCUUCCUGUGGCGCUCCAGCGAAGUCAGAGUUGAACGUUGGUGUAAACUGCGUGGCAAUUUACUGUUCUACCUCAAGGAUAAGGACCCCAAGUCAGCGGUGGCCGGCCUCCUGGUGCUGGAGAACUGUCGUCCGCGGAUCCAGAAUGAGGAGCGUGAUCCCGAGGGCUACGUAUUUGAUAUAGAUUUCAAGGACAGCACAUCGGAGCGCUUUAUCACCCGCAGCUCGGCAGAGCGACUGGCCUGGGUGAACUGCAUCGAACAGGCCUCCAGCGAGAAGCUGAACCUGCUGAUCCGCCAGCUACAGGAUAAGAUACUAGCCCAGCAGAGCCGCCAGCUGAACGCCACGGGAAUGGGCAAUCACAUUGAUCUGGGGAUGCCCGUAUCCUUGCCCUUGGAACAGCAGGUGCAGGAGCAGCUGCAGCUGCAGGAUGGCCGCGCGGAGGAGGAGGCGAUGGCCUCGUUUGAAGAACUCGACCUCUCGGAGCUGCCGAUUUGCGAGACGGCCCUCUCGUGUGAUUCCCUUCCGCUGGACACCUUGGGUCGCUCGCCCAAUCCGCAGGUGGUCUGUUCUCUAUUGCCGGCCACUGGAGAGGAUUGCGUUUGGCGGGAGCACGCGCGCACGGAGCUGCAGGAGCGCACUCGCAGUCCGCAGUUCCUCUGCACCAUGCGCUUCCAGCGGAGUGCUGGCUGCUCGGCCGCCACGCGACUUCGCUUCAGUGUCCUCGAUGUCCGCGAGAGGAUGACGCUCACCGCCCUUCCGCUGGGCCAUGCCGAGGUUAACCUGGGCGUUCUCCAGGACACCAGUCGGCUGCGACUGCCGCUCACUUCGCCGCGCGGCGAGUGUGGCUUCAUCACGCUGGCCUCCUGGUCACCCGACGCCGCCGUGGAGACCGGCCAGUCGGGCAACGGACCACCGCGUUCCAGCACUCAGCUUUUUGAUGGAUCAGCUUCGGGAUCGAGCGCCGCAACGGGAGCAGCCACCAGCGGCAGAAGGGCUCAUCGACGCACCCAAUCGCUGCCUCCGAAGUUGGGCGUCCGGUUGUUUGUGCCGCAGCAGUGCGGCCUGCAAAGGGUGUGUUCCAAUCCCCGCCUGCGCACCUACCGCCUGCACUCCUCCCUGGGAGCGGACAUCAGUGUGCAGGAGACGCUGCUGGAGGCGCGCCUGUGCUGCCAGCUGCCCCAGCAGCUGCUCUCCAUCUGGAUCCAGCGCGAGAAGGAGCUGCUGCAGGAGAUCUCCGGCAUGGGCGAGCUGAGCGGCGAGUGGCGCUGGCGGCAGAUGAACCUGCUCGAGGAGCACCUGCGCCUGCUCAAGGACUACUCGCAGGCCAAGCAGAACAUCCAGCAGCUGGCCCGCGAAGGCGUCUCCUUCAAGCGCUCCUCGGCGAAGGCGGACGAGUCGCUGGAGUUCCUGCCGGUCAAUCUGCACGUGCAGCGGAUGUGGGCCCAAAACGAUACGCUGCAGCGAAGGGGACUCCUGGACGUGGUCACCGUGGGCGCCUUCACUCGCCACGAUGCCAAGGGACGCAAGUGCGGCGGUCUCAUCAAACUGCUGCAGGAGAGCAAAUCGUGGAAGCUGGAACAGAGCAACGCGUGCAAGGUGCAGGCUGCCAACGACGCGGUGCAGGCCACCAAGCAGCUGCGCAAGGAGAUCGUCGAGCUGAUGUCCCAGCUGCUGCAGUUGGCCGGCCGGAGGAGCUCCAAGGACAUGAUGCCGCUGUGCAACCAGAUGGUGGCGCGCACCCGCACGCUGCUCAACAUCUGGGAGCCGAGCAUCGUCGAGGAGGCGGUGGCCUUCAUCGAGCGCCAUCGCAUCAUCGAGGAGCCGGAGAACGUGAUGAUGGAGCCGAUGUCGCCGUUCCGCAAAAUCACCCAGCAGCUGACGGCCUUGGAGUUGAAGUCGCCGGAACUGGAGGACUUUGCCACGCCGGUGGUGGCGCCCCCAGAUCUCUGGCCACGCGGUCAGCCGCCGCUGAUGCGCUCGAACAGUUGGCAUCCGAGCAACAGCUCCCCGUCCAGUUCGCUGGACAUUCGAGCCAUCGAUUCGCUGCAGCACGUGGUGAAGUGCUACAACGAUCAUUUGAGGAGCUUGGAGCAGGGCAGGAGCCCGCGUGGGAACGAGGAGGAGGAGGAGGCGGCCACAUAUCAGUCGUUGCCGCUGGCUUGGCACUCGCGACCGGAGGAGACCACCACGCAGGCUCCACAACCGCCAGCUGAUGCGCCAUCCGUGCUGCAGCUGAUCGACUUGGACGAGAUGGUGGGCAGGCAGGCGCAGCAGCGGCGGAAUCAGCAGCAGCCGCCGGCCGGCUUCCUGGAUACCAAGCUGAUGAGCUCCUCGCCGUCGGCCAACUACUAUCGGCCCACCGAGGAGCCGGAGCCCCUGGAUCUCACCCAGCUGAACAUCGAGGCGAGCGUGAUGUGUUUGGUCAGCAAGCUGAAGUUCUUCUGCGGUCGCUGCGACAGUCCAGCGAUUCGGCUGCGCCAUCCAAAGGCUCCCAUAAAACGGGAGGGAUUUGCAGUGGCGCCGCAACAGGCGCCGGAUGUGAUUGCUGCUCCCAGGGCCGGCAAGCAGCCACCCCAGCUGGAGCUGGAUCUCAAGCCCUCCGGGGAGGGUGGCAACGGAUCUGGAGUGACUCUGCCGGCGGCCGUGAAGAAGGGCAACAAGUUCACCGACGGCCUGGACCUCUCGAUGACCACGGACUGGGCGGCGGAGCUGCGGCCCAGCAUGCGGAAGCUGCGCCACGCCAUGGACCGCCUGCUGAAGACCGCCAGGCUGAUGCACUCCGUGCAGCGACUGCAGCAGGACAUGCGCUGCAACAGGCUGCAGGCGAGCAUCACCUACCGCCGGGACGUCUGCUUCUCCCAAGCGUUAACCGCUCUGGUCAGCUCCCUGAUGCUGCGGCUGUGGGGCAGCGAACUGGACAUGGGCUACCUGGUGAUGCUCCGGGAUCUGGGGCCACUGGCCUACUUCGAGGGCCUGCUGACGCUGUACGGGAACGAGGCGGACAUGUGGAGCGACAUGUGCAUCGCCAUCGAGGACCUCUCCGCGGUCAGUUUCCAGUUGGUGCGUGCGCAGGGCGAGGCGGCUCUGGCGCCCACUCCCCGAGUCACAGGAUCUCGCCAGGCACUCGAGGUCCAGCUGCCCGUUCCGGAGCACUCCCUGCCGGGCAACGGCACCUCCAUCUCGUUCAAGAUCACGCCCGUCUUCUUCAACAUCGGCAUCAACGAGAAGGCCAGCUUCGCGGAGACCUUGGGCCAAACGCGGGAGCAGCACCGCUCCAACUGGGACAACUAUCUGCGGCUGAGUCAGUACUUCGGUCGCUAUCGCAAACUGGGCCUCGGCACAGUGGACUCCGGCGAGUCCCUCCAAUCGCUGCUCGGUUUCAUGGAGCAGCAGCUGCGGGCCAACGUCUCGAAGAACGUGAAGAUCCUGCACUUGGCCGAGGACGCCUGCCGGCUGAUGGACGGUCUGCGGUUCACCUCCUGCAAGAGUGCCAAGGAUCGCACCGGAAUGGCGGUCACCCUGGAGCAGUGCCGUGUCCUCGUGCGCGAGUUCCAGCUGCCGGCCAAGCACGUGCCCUACGCACUCAGCACAAUGCGAAGUGAGGGCACGCGCAUGGACAACGUUCUCAAGAAUAUUGGAAAGCGAAAGUACGCCUUCAACCGAACUCAGGUCUCCUUUCUGCCGGCGAUGUACAGACCCCCAGUUGGAAGCUACGGCAAGGCGCAAACUUAAUGCUUCCACUCGCAAUCGUGAUCCGUUCCUGGAUGUCCAAGUACUUAAUGGGAUUCGAACGGACCGUGGGCAGCUGAAUCCAGAGAUAUAUAUCAUUUAUAGAAAGCAAAAGCAGGAGCAGAGCAAAGCAAAACAAAACGUAUAAAACUGUGCCAAAAAUACAAAACAAUUUAACCAAUUUUGCGCAAGGCAAGCAAAACGAAAUGAGAGAUCAAGUAAAAAGUAAAUAGGAAACUAAUUAAUUUAGCACAUUAAAGGAGAAUCUUCCGGACAAUUGUUAACGCAUCACACAACUCUAAUUCCAAGUCCAAUUCGAUGGCAUGCCCCCGCUAUAUAUUCCCCCUCCCCCUUCCAAUAUUUAUUUAGGCUAUACCCACGUAGUUGUAGUUUGCAGAUGAGGCAAUUGUGUACUUUUAGCGACUCAUGUACUUCCAGUGAAUAAAAACAAACUUGUUAACCACUAUUA